UUCGGAGUCCUCAGACACAGGCAACACCUGCACGACCCGUAUGAGAAGACGCUUGUCAGGCCUCGACAGCAAUACAUGCCAGUUGCCAGGCCCAGCAACCACACAUCUGUGUCGAUGUGUAGAGCUGAGCGGCCUGGACAACUUGAGCAAACAACACGAACACGAUAAGCUCCAGGCUCCAGCCAGUGGUUGGCUCGCUCCUCUCUCCUCGCCUCAGCUCCGAUCAGUUGCCCGGUGUUCGAUGCGCAGCUGAAGCUGUAGCAGGCGAUGGAAUGAGGCUCGCCGCCACCAAGCCUGCGGCCAUCUUCAUCACCAAACGGCAGCCGGUCCCCACACCACGGGCAAGAGUAGCGGCGGCGGCAGCUGCUGGCCCAUGCAGCGAGGCAGCCAAGAAGAGCCGCAGCGACGGGGCGUCAUGGAGGAUCGCUGUGGCAAGCAGCGACGCCGAGGCUGACGGCGGCGGCGGCGAGGGCGACGCCGAGGCGGGCCAGGUCGCGCCGGGGAGGGCGCGAGGACGGCGGGCGCGGCUGUCGGCGAGGCGGCGGGAGAGCGUCCGGCUCCCGGCCGGCGUCUCCGGCGGCGACGUCGGCGAGUUCCUGCGGCACCCCGACGGCGUGGAGUCCCUCCUCAACACCGGCGCGCUCGAGAGCUUCGCGCCGGCGGGGGCCGGGCCCGGCACGUUCACGUGCGCGCUCCGCCGCAUCGGGUUCCUGGGCUUCGAGGUCGCGCCGGUGCUCGAGCUCCGCGUCGCCCCGACGAGCACCGACUGCACCGUCGAGAUGCUGUCGUGCAGGUUUGAGGGUUCAGAAUCAAUUGAGCAGCAGAACGAACUCUUUUCAGCAUUUAUGAGUAACCGUAUAACGUGGAGCGACGAUGGUGAGGAGCCCCGCUUAGACAUCGAUGUCACUUUGGAGGUCACUCUGGAGGUCUACACUAAGCCGUUCAGCAUGCUUCCAUUGUCAGCAGUGGAGACACCAGGCAACCUAUUGAUGCAAGGCCUGCUGGACAGGCUUGUUCCUGUGCUGGGGGAGCAGCUGCUGAGGGACUACCAUUCCUGGGUUCAGCAGCAGCCUGAAGCUUCUUCAUGAGGUAGAGGGAGCCGGCGCACGAUCCUCCGAUGCCUUGAGCGUUUCAUGCUAGGAUGGCGUUGCAAAUUCAGAGCUCUGGGAAUCCAUGUGGGGAUGGUUCGUAGGGUUAUCC